AUGUGGGUUUUCGUAAAGUCGUUGCAUCCGAUGGAGGAAAUCAACGAAGUGAUCAAUAAUACUCGGCCCGAGUUGAUUGGCUCCAACUGGACGUACUACGCAGUCAUAGAGCUCUAUUCCCCAUCACAAAUAGGUAUUCUUAGUUGGAAGUAAAGUCUAAUGCUUGAAGCUCACACUUUUUCAGUCUUCAACUUUCUAUCGGUCUGGCUCACCUGGAUCGUGCUCACGGUGGAAGAUCAGCAGCCAUCUGAAUACGUUCAUGUUUUCCAGCAACUCGAAACAACUUCACAAAUCUGUAAUCUAUGUGAGCCCCGGACCCUCUUCAACUUGAUCAUUAUUCCUUUGUUUCAGGUGCUCUAUGCUCAGACAUUAGGCCCAAUUCUGAGCGCGUCGGCGGCUGUCUUCUAUGCGACAGUCCGAGAGUACAACUCGUCCAACAUUUAUCUAUUCGAAAAUCUUAUGGUGCUUCCCAUCGUACUAAUGAGUUUUGUGAAUCCGAUCGUCACUAUUGUGUUCAUAGUUCCAUAUCGUAA